AUGGGCCUUUUACUUCUAUUGAAAUCGACUCAGGAUCUCCAAGCCAAAGGUCGAGCUUCUACUUCUUUGGACUCUGGAUCUCCUGGCUCAGUACGUGAUGAACUAAGAAACAACAGUAAAACCAUUCAUUUGAUUUGUCACAUAUUGCAGACAACAACAUUCCGUCCUAGAGCCGCAAAGAAAGGACUUCGCACUGAUGAGACGGCGUUGAAAAUCGUCGCUGACAACAUUGAUGUAAAUAAUAUGGAUUCAAGAGACUGGUUAGCAAUUGAAGUCGCAGUUGGAAGACUGAAAACAAAAGAGGAAAAUGUAAAAUAUUUCUUGAAUUCCUCUUCACGCACAGUAGUACUUUGUGGCUAUUGUUUGCCGGGGUGUAGACUCACUGUAGCUGUCGCAGCCAACUAG